CCAUGGCUCUCAAACCAUGUCUUGAGGACCCAAUUGAGUCUGGGCUCUGUUCAGGGAUUGAAUGUCAUGCUGACCACCCAACACUAGUUCUGAUGCUCUUUGCCAGUGUGCUGGUGACUUGCCUUGAGGCUGCUAAACUCACCGCAGGCUUCCAGACCCCCUGGAACAUCUCCCAUCCAUUCAGCAUGCAAAGGCUGGGUGCAGGCCUCCAGAUUGCCAUGGACAAGGUCAACUCAGAGCUAGUGGACCUUGGAAAUUUCAGCCGGGAGUUCACUUACACCAACUCAGCCUGCAGCACCAAGGAGUCUCUUGCUAUUUUCAACAACCAGGUCCAGAACGAACAGAUUUCUGCCCUGUUUGGACCAGCAUGCCCAGAAGCAGCUGAGGUUAUCGGCUUGCUGGCCUCUGAGUGGAACACCCCAUGUUUGACUUUGUUGGACAAACCACAAAGUGGUUUGAACACCUGUGUGAAACUUGUGUCACCCAAGCAGGACAUUGGUGAUGUGCUCCAGGAAAGUCUCCAGUACCUGGGCUGGAAACACAUUGGGAUGUUUGGAGGCUACUCUGGGGCUUCCUCCCGGGAUGGAGUGGAUGAAUUGUGGAGGGUUGUAGAGAAUGAACUCAAAUCCCAUUUUAUCAUCACUGCCAGCAUGAGAUACACCAACAAUAAUCUAGUCCUUCUUCAAGAGUAUCUUUGGAGGAUAUCAUCAAUUGCCAGGGUUAUCAUCUUAACCUGCAGCUCAGAGGAUGCAAAAAUUAUUAUUCUGGCUGCAGCAAACCUGGGACUCAACACUGGAGAAUUUGUUUUCAUCAUUUUGCAGCAGUUGGAGGACCGUUUUUGGAAGGAAGUACUGACAAAUCAGAAAAUGAUGCACCUCCCAAAGGUGUAUGGGUCACUGCUUCUCAUUGCCCUCAGCUCCUACAGAAAAGGCCGUGGAGACGAAGGCUUUUGGAAACAAGUCUACCAAACACCGAGGAGGCCGCCCUUCCACAGCACCAUCUCCUGGGAGGAGCAGGUGUGAUGCCGGGUCUUCCAGCUCAGGCUCCCUCCUCCCCUUCUUUGAUCAUAUUUGUGUUUGGCUUUUGCAUUUCUCCCUCUUAUUUCUCCUCAUCUCUCCCUACCCCCCUUACACACAUGCAGGUGCACACACACAUGCACUUCCCCAUCUUACACGCCCAAAAUAAACAGCAGUUUGAUGCU